CGCGCUAUUACUAGUAGUAUUAGAUGUGGCAUGCCUCCGCGACCCAUCCUAAGCGCGUGCCAUCUCGUGUCAUUAUUCUAGAAGCCCAUCUGCCCUAUGCCACCAAUAUCCCUUACUAGGGAAUUAGUUUAGCCUUCGUGCCUCUUUGGCCCCUUGCAUUCCGCGGUGUAUGGGUGGCACCAAACCAUCGGUUGCCACCGAGCCGCUUGCUAAAAGGGCUUAAAUACAGUUGGAAUGAUACCUCACAUCCCCUCGUAGAAACUCAGAACAUGAACCCGAACCCUUACAACGUUCAAUACAACAUCUACAUCGACAAUUCUACUCAUGUCAUUCAAGGUGAUCUCACACAACCGUAUGCAACAAUUCCAUCCGCAGCAUAUUAUUAUGCUAUUAUCUUGCGCAACCGAUGACGACUGGUCAGGAACUCCCGCUCGCUGCAUCAACCUACACGCAGCUGCAGCGGGAACCCAGUUAUUCUUUGCCCCAGCAGCAAAUUGCUCCUGGCUCUGAUGUUCCUACCGAGCCUCGCAGACGUGUGCAGGCCAUAGGUCCCUUUUCUCAAGCCUAUCCCGCCCUAAGCUCUCCCCCUACGAUAGAGGAGGCUGAGGGUAGUGAUGGUGAAGGGAACGCUCAGCACUGGCAACAAGGAGAGACUUUUCGUAACGGAGUAGCCACCUUCCCAUCAAGCGCACCUGCCGCUAGGCUUGGACCAGCUGCCGUCACUACGGCUACCAUUUAGGCGGAGUAAUUCCAGCCGGCAUCAUUAGUCAGGGCGGUUGAUAAACCAUGAUCUACUACACAUGGUUGACGCAUCCUUUUAUGGACCUGUCCAUCCACCGGCUCGCGAUAAUUAUGCUGUUAUGAGUUCUGUUUGCCCCAUGUAAAUAAGAGUCUCCCAAAAUUCAAGAACAGUGU